UUUGUAGCUGCUGCCCGGAACAAAAAUGGCGGCGCUGCUGAGGCGAAAGCAGGCCACGCUCUUGGUCGUCGGGGUGAGAGGGGUGCGGGCGCUGCGGAGGAGCCCCGUCCGGGUGCUGCCCCCCGCCGCCCAGCAGAAGGAGGCCGCCCGUCCCAGCGCCGUCCCUCCUCUUCCUCCACCCGGGCCCAAAGAGAAGGCCAAGGCCGAGGCUGGCGGGGAGGAAGUCGGCCUCAGGGAGAGCGAGCCGCGCUACGAGAAGGCCGGCCCUGGAGACAAGAGGCUGAGCAAAGUAGUGACGCUGGCCAAGUCAAGGGCCUUCCGCGAGAAGCACGGGAAGAUCCUUCUAGAAGGCCGGCGACUCAUUUCGGACGCCUUGGAGGCGGGGGCCGCCCCUCAGACGCUGUUCUUCAUCUCCACGGAGCAUCUCAAGGAGCUGCCAGCUGCCAAGCUGAGAGGCGCUUCCCUCAUCAAGGUGCACAGCAAAGACCUCAAGGCCUGGUCAGACGUCGUCACGUCUCAAGGAGCCAUCGGGAUCUUCUCCAGGCCGGAUCAUGCCAAGAUGACUUACCCCGAGGUCCCAAAAGAGCACCAGCUGCCCCUCUCCCUCAUCUGCGACAACAUCCGCGACCCCGGGAACCUGGGCACUAUCUUGAGGUCGGCGGCCGGAGCAGGAUGCAGCCGCGUGCUGCUUGUCAAAGGCUGCGUUGACGCCUGGGAGCCCAAGGUCCUGCGGGCGGGGAUGGGGGCCCACUUCCGCCUCCCCAUUGUGUCCAACCUGGAGUGGGACCUGGUGCCCAACUACCUCCUCCCCGAAACCUGCGUCCACGUGGCUGACGGCUCCCAUGCUGCCGGGCCCCAAACGGAGAUGGGGCCGCCCUCGCCCUCCAAGGCCUGCAGCCACGGCUGGGUCUCCCGGCCCUCCGGCCUGAAACCCCGGGCAGAGUGGGACCGCGAUGUGGACAGCUGGGAGGACGAGGAAGGGGUGGAAGCGCAGUGCUGCUACGAUCCGUGGAUGGACCUUUCCGUGGCGGUGGUGAUUGGGGGGGAAACCCACGGCGUGAGCGAGGAGGCCGUGCGCCUGGCGCAGGACACGGGAGGGAGGCGGCUGCUCAUCCCCAUCGCCCCCGGAGUGGACAGCCUCAACGCCGCCAUGGCCGCCAGCAUCCUGCUCUUCGAGGCCAAGCGCCAGCUGCGGUGGAUGCAGCCAAUCGAAGAGGCCCGUGUCUCCAAAUGAGGACGCUGAGGAAUACAUCGCCCCAAACGGCCUGGCGACACUCCACACCCAACGAAAUGGCUCUUGCGUUUUCAAAGCAGCAGGAAAGGGACAUAAAAUAUGAUUUUGCUGGAGUAUUUGGCCUCGACGGAUUUGGAUGCAGCAUGACCUGCGCUCCCUCCGUCGCUCCCUUCCUUCCUUCCUUCCUUCCUUCCUCUUCCCACCCCGUACUGUUUGUUCAGGCCGGUUUGUGCCACUUCCUGGCUCUGUUGUCGUUCCCUCCUUUCAUUUCCAUGCUGGGCGUGCAAACCCCUCUCUUUGGAAAAUAUGUCCCGUUUUCUGGGAUGUUUCAGUCUCACACGGAUGGCUUCCAAAUGUGUUUAAACCAGAUGAAAAACUGCUUAUUUGCUCCUUU